UCCAGCAUUCCUUGGGCGCCGAGGGCUCGCGGCGUCGCGUUCGUUGCUAGGGAUUCCUAACGGUCCCCUUCUUUCCACCUGCGGCCGAAUGCCGCUGCCGCCACUCUCUCCCGCUCGGGUGUUCGCUGAGUUGGUGUCCCCGGCCGUCGGCUUGGGCACCGGAGAGAAUGAGUCGCCCAAAGCCGCCGAAGGAGGGCCGCCUGGGAGGGAAGUUCACGUGAGUGGCAGCGCGGAGCUCAGCGCCAGACCCGAUCGGGCAAAAGUCACGGUUUACUUGAGAAGCAGGAAGGGAGAAGCCGGCGCAGCGCGGAGCAGCGUAACUCGUAGGCUGGACUACGUUGCCCAGACGGCCCGCCAGCGCGGCGGGAUCUCGGAGAAUGAUGUGACUGUGACAAAAAACUUCAGUAGAAUAGACAAUGCAUAUAAGAUGGAAGCAGAGGUCUGCAUUAUAUUUACUGAUUUUGGGAAAAUGCAAGAUACAUGUAAUCAUCUUGUUGAGAAACUAGAUAGCUCUGUUACCGUCAGUCCACCUCACUUUUACCAUACAACAGAGGCUGUAGAUACCCUUCGGAGGCAGGUAUGUGUUUCUGCUGUUAGAAGUGCUUGGCAAAAAGCUCAAGAAGUUUGCCAAUUGUUUGGACACUUCCUAGGAAAGCCUUUGCUAAUCAAGGAGGAAGAGGUGAAGGAGUGGGAAGGUCACCUUGAAGAUCAUACAGCCAAUUCUUCAGAUUUGUUGAGUUUUCAGCAGAAACUCCAAAGUGCCACCAUCUAUAUUUCUUCAAGAGUAUUUGCUAUUUUUGAAAUAAAGGGAGAGAAGAAGAGAAAAAGGGCUGCUCUUAUAAAAGUGAACUAAUUAACUUCUGAAACCAUUAAUUAGGGUUUUUUUUUUCCUUUAUGAAGAAGAAUGUACUCAGGAAGCUCUACUUGAUUUUCUGUAGACUUAAAAUUAAAAUUACAGUUGAACUGUAAGUGGAAACUCCUUCUACUGAAUAGGGUGAAAAAUUUGGAUCCCUGCCAGUUUUAGAAAACACAUACCGAUUAUAUUUCUACAAUGUUAAUGUUAAGUCAUAGUUACUCAGACUGUAUCUAAAAUUAAUGGAAAGCUUUAUAUAGUUAUCAUUAGAAUACAGUGCAAGAACAUGUUCAUUGAGCAUGAUUUUGAAGUAACGACUUGUUCUGUUGCUCAGCAAGGCAAAUGUAGGUAGAACUACCUUGCAGUCCUUCCCUUGUCAGUUGGUUCCUCCUUUUUAGAGUAUUAGUUAUUACAGCUCCUGAGAAAACUGGCUUAUCUAAAAGGCAUAUUCUGAGUUAUCUAUUAUACAACAGCCUGGAGUGCUUUUGUGUAUAUACAUUUAUCCUCAGACCUAAAAAUUAACAAGGCAGGCAUUAUUCACGCAGUAGUCCACACACCUGGGUUGAAUCGAAAGCAAUCUGCUUUUUAAAUAAAAUAUUUGUACAACAACUUCAUUGUGGUUUCUUAUCGCUAAGUUGGAAAUUGUUUACAAUUAGGCUUUGUUCAAGGCAAUGUUAAGGAGUCUGUUUUUCUUAAUGCCUUAUAACCAAAACCAGAUUGGUUAACCUCUUUACACUGGGCCACCAAAUUGUGUUGGUGUAUUUGACUUAACACACUGAAGAGGAGAAGGGAACACAUACUAGUAAUUAAUAGAUUUUGCUUAAUGUCAAUCCAGUUGGCUCAGUAAAAAGAUAAUCUGUAGAUUAAUUUGCAUAAUUUUAUGGUAGUUUCCUUAAUCACAAUUUACCAUAAUCCAGGAAAUUGAGUUGUAUUUGCAAAAUUGGGGAGGGGGAUUAUUGAAGCAUGGAAUAUUUUGCCUUCACGAAUGAUUAUUUGUUGUUAGAUAUGAUAAACUUCCUGGGUGCAACUAAAGUAAUAAAAAUGGUAUAGAGAAUAUUCUAGAACUGCCUUAGUCUGAAAAAUAAUGUUGAAUACAGUGUGAGUCAGGCCAUUAUGACUCAUUUAGCAAGCCAUGUUUAAGUAUCUUGGCUCAGCAUAUGUAAACCUAUAGUGCCUAAUAAAAGAAACAUUGUUCCCCAAGUUCUCCAUAUAAGAAAAACUCCAGAUGUGUAUUUGUAUUAUGUAGUUUGUGACUCACAGAUGAAGCUUCUGCUCAUACUGAACAAAUUUUAGAUUUUUCCAGUGAUUUUGAGGGUAGGAACUGUUCUGUGCUGUUUGAUAGUUUCUGAGCCAGGAGCAAGAAAAGUAGAUAUUCUAUGGAUGGGAAAGCCUGGAUAGCCAAAUUCUUCCAUAUCCAUAGUUUUAGA